AUGGCUGAGCAGUCAGACAAGGAUGUGAGGCACUACACCCUGGGAGAGAAUCAGAAGCACAAAGACAGCAAGAGCACCUGGGUGAUCCUGCAUCAUAAGGUGUAUGACCUGACCAAGUUUCUCGAAGAGCAUCCUGGAGGGGAAGAAGUCCUAAGCGAGCAAGCAGGGGGUGGUGCUACUGAGAACUUUGAGGACCUCAGACACUCUACAGAUGCACGAGAACUGUCCAAAACAUUCAGCAUCGGGGAACUCCAUCCAGAUGACCAAUCACAGACCGCCAAGCCCUUGGAAACUCUUAUUACUACAAAAGAAUCUAAUUCCAGUUGGUGGACCAAAUGGGUGAUCCCAGCCAUCUCAGCCCGGGCUGUAGCUCUGAUGCAUCGUCUCAACAUGGCAGAAGAUUAA